AUGCCAUACUUUGUUACAGUUGUGCUGUACUAUUGUUUCACGAAUAAAACCUUGGGAAAAUCUCAAGAAUUUGAGGAGUUUGGCUUGUUGAGUGGGGGCCAUGUCACUGAGCAUCUGCCAUAUGAUGUUGCACCUGUUGCCGCCAGCCGUAAGAUCCAAAGACAGCAAACAAUGAUGUUGAUGCAUCUCAUAGCUAACCCAAAGAUGAACGUGGUUGGUGCAAGUAUUGACUGCGGACAUCGUAAUACUGCCACGGAGAUGGACUUCCAAGGAGUCAACUGCUCACCUGAGCGUACGAUCUAG